AUGAGUGGUAAGGUUGUGUGCGUCACCGGCGCCUCGGGGUACAUCGCCUCAUGGCUCGUUAAGCUACUCCUCCAGAAGGGUUACGCCGUCAAGGGAUCCGUGCGUGAUCCAGGUGAGGAAACCUAUGUUAUGCGGUCUAUUUUUCCAAUUUACAAUGUUCUGGCGAUAAUAAUAUAGUGCGGCGCCUUCCGUCGCGUGUAAGCCCGGAGAUGGUCACAGAAUUUUUGCUCGGGAGUUUCCUUCUUUACUCUGCUUUGGGAUCAGGACGGGGCUCCGGACCUUUCUGUUCGGUUGCAUCCUGGCCUUUUCUGCGUUGAAUCUGAUGAUGAACACUACUUACCUCUUUUGUUCUUUCGAACUUUCUUUUUAGUCGCUGUUUUACACCUGAUUUUGGCAUCAAUUAAUGAGAUGGAGUUUUAGAUUCGAACUCGCGGUAAAAACAAAAGGGAUGAAUAGGAGCAGAAAAAUAAGUUGAUAAUACACUGGUUGAAGAGAGUCUAAACAAGACUUAUCCUUACAGAUUAUCAGUCUACAGAUUGGGUGACUCGCAGGCAGGCCCAACAGCUCUCCUUGGAGAUUAUUUGAUUUUUUUUAAUGAUUAUUACCAUCGUUUUGUCACUUUACUCGUGAUAAGUACUCAUUUUCAUUCACUUGGAAUCUAGCUCCGGAGGUUUCAUAGUCUGUGGAGCCAGAUUUGAUGCAUCUAGGGGCCGUAACAGUUCUCAAACUGUGCCUUUACUAAACAUGUUCCUAAUAGUAUCCUAUGCUAUCUGUCUGGGGUUAUUUCGUCGUAUGCAUACUUUUCUGUUUUCCAACUAUCCGCCAACAGUCAGUAGAGCAUUUCUGCCUUGAACCCUGACAGAUUUUUUUUAUAUUCUCUAACCUAUGUUGCAAUAGAUAUCUUAGCUCUGUGCAUUCAUGGACAUGUGGCAAUAGAUAUCUUAGCUCUGUGCAUUCAUGGACAUGUGGCAAUAGAUAUCUUAGCUCUGUGCAUUCAUGGACAUGUGGCAAUAGAUAUCUUAGCUCUGUGCAUUCAUGGACAUGUGGCAAUAGUUCCUCGUGUAUCUAAUGAUCAUAUAUUACAAUUCAUGCAUUCCCUAUUGAUGGGACGCCGUGUAAAGUGCAUGAGUGAUGGCUUCACGAGUCCAGGUUAAUGUCACCAUGCAUCAUGAGUGAUAUUUCCCUUUGCCUAGGAUCUUUUCUUCCAUCAGUUACACCGCUUCUCCUCAUGGCUACCAGCUGUAUUUUUCUAGGACCAUUCCUUUGAUGUGCCUCCGACUUUUUGGAUGUUAUUGUGGAUAUUAUGAACUUGGGGUGAUCCUAUGCAUCUGCUGAAAGGGAUUACACUGGAAGAAUUCACGCCAUUUGACAUACAAAUGUCAUGACAUUUAUAAUCAGGACUUGGAAGUUUGUCCUAGCUCCAUGAGACACUGGACAUUGGAGUUUCUAGGUUCAGCGUCUAUAAGGAUAAGAGAUACAUUUUCUACGAUUGAGAAGAAUAUGACAUAAUAUCUCCAAACUUAUCUUUUUCUGACAUUUUACCUCUGCCUCUGUGUUUGUGUUUUUUUAUUUGUCUCGUGAGUUAUGGUUGCACUUUUGAUUAAUUCUUCAAGCCAAAAACAGAAAGAACAGCUCAACUCAAGUGGAGCUUAUACAAAGCAAAUACAAUUAUCUUGAACCAGAAAGAAGAUAAUACCUCAGCUCCACGUUACACAAGCAUAUCCUUAUUUUACAUUCUUGGGAUCCUUUGAAUCAUAUCAUAUAGAGCAAUUCUUUAUGAGUUCAAGAUUCCAUCUUUCAGAUACGGAGAAUUUUUUGGUUGUCUGUCAUUUCCUAAUUCCAAUUCCACGAGAGGCAGAGACGCUUACAUCCAUCUCACUCUCUGGAUGCAAAAUUUUCCUAGCCAGGGAACCUUCACUAAAAGUUUGAAAAAGUAUAUUUCCCUUGGUCUCUGAUGCGGACAAGUCAGAAUUGGCAUCAGUUUCUGUUAAUCCUUAAGAUGGGUUUUGCUCAUUGAGAGAGCAGAAAAAUUGGCCAACACUUUGGACUUCUUCAAUGGUCAGUCAAAGGAAUCAUUAAAUGUUUUAGCAUAAGUAAUGUUGUACUUUUCAUGCUCUGUUGCUGUUUCCCUCUUUCCUUCUGCAUAGUUUACUUUCCUCUGUGGGAUACAUUUUUAUGUAAACUGAUCCCCACUGAUAUUAAUGCGGUCUGGCCAUGCAUUCAUUUUACUUUUUAAAAAUGUGAUUCCCUUGUUGUUUAUCCACUCAAAUUUUUUAAUUCUGUACAUUUUUUGAUAUGAUAUUUCAGAAGAGCCUAAGAAAACUGAGCAUUUGCGUCAACUAGAGGGUGCCAAUGAAAGGCUACAUCUACUAAAGGGAAACUUAUUGGAAGGGUUCAUUUGA